AUGAACUUUCUGGCAGUGAUUCUGUUUUUUGCACUGGUUUCGGCGGAUUUUGUCAAAUUCCAAUUCAAAUUUUCUUGUGAUUACAAUGACACUUCUAGAUAUCAAAUUCAAUUUAGAGAGAAUCAGGUGAUGAAGUGAGUUUACUCUAUAAAAAUAACAUCUUCUUGAAAACAUUUUUUUUUGAAGUUUGUACUUCACAAAACCAUUUUAUGGAAAGGUUUCUGCUGAAUCGAAUGCAACAUUUGAAGGAAUAUUAAAUCCAAAUAACUCGAAUGCAAAUGGAUAUAAAAUAAUAGCAGAUAUAACACAUGAUUGCUCCGAGAAACAUAAAUUUCGUCGAGCUCGUCUAAUUUUCAAUCAAACUUUUCCAUUUGGGAAUAAUAUUUUUGCAUCAUCCAUCAAUUUGACUAAUCUUCAAAACGAUCAAGAAAUCUAUGAGGGUUUGGAAGAUAAUGAACUUUAA